GCGUUUACUAUUUAAGUGAUAGUAAAAUGCUACUAGGUGGUUAAUAAAUCCUAAAUCGUUGCUACAUCAUGUGAGUCGUGACUUAGUAUACCUACCAGUACUUAGCUCGAUUUCCUCCCCCGCAACUUCUCUCAAACUCUCUUUUUCUCCAAUUUGCUCUUUCUAUUCUGGAGAUUUGGCUCAUCACUUCUAUCUUCUUAUUACAAUAUUCUCCCACACGUAAAUGAGAAAAAGCAAAAGCAAAGCAAAAGCAACAGCAAAAGCAAAACGCGAAAGGAACGAACGAACGAAAAGACUGUACUCUUUUUCUUCCCACGCAUCCACCCAACUAUCGCCAGCAUCACUCUUCCAUUUGCAUGGAAUCUUUGCUCUUCGCACCCAAGCACGCCUGACGAUAUCAAAUCCAUCAUCCACUUCCACUUCCACGUCCAAAUCUGCGUCCAUCAGCCGUCGGACUCGAACUCGCACUCGGAACCAGCCUCGAACAUCCAUCCCCCGGGACGUAUCGAGCGAGAGCCCAAGCUCAAAACCCCGUCGUUUGCAUAUAUACACCCGUACCUCGUCAUUUCGACCUCCAGAACAUCAAAUACUCUCGUAAUUCCAGAGAGAGCCCCAAAAAAGAUUAAAGCUUCACCACCAAUUUGACAUUCCCACAUAAUAACUUUCCAUAGUUCUAUUAUUGAACUUUGUUUUUUUCAGCCUUAUUUCCCACCGAACUUUAUAUUUAUUAGUCGUUGUUGUCACUCAGUGGAGUGCCAGCUAUCAUUGGGCCUCUUCGUUUCUUCCCACUUAACAUUAUCUCGACUUGAAGAUUCGACAUUUCUCAAUCCUCAUUGUUCAUUGUCCGGCAUUCGAUAUUCGCUCUUGAAUCUAUUAUUACUCGUCCCGCACGCCCGGAGAAUAUCCCCACGGCUACUACGUACUACAUUACCUCCUUCUUCCAACAAGCCCUUUCUUGCUUAAUCUACUUCCCUCUGUCAGUCAACUGUCGUUAGUACACAUCACAACCUACCCACCCCAUAUAGUAUCAAUUCAGUCUGCAUGAUGGCAUCGUUAGGUGCUUCUAUGCCUAUGCCUGUACCGGUUGCGGUAAACGGUACUCUUAAGCCAACCUGGUAUGGCUACAUCCCCGACACAAAAGCUGCAAUGAUCCUUCUCGAAGCUGCCUUUACGGGAAAGAUUAACCAUAUUGCCCGUCGCCCCCAUGACAAGGAGAGAUCUGAGCUCAUCAAGAGCGGCAACAUUUUCAUACACGAAGCACAGUCCUCUGGAGUAAAGCGAUGGACCGAUGGUACAACAUGGAGUCCAAGUCGCAUGGUAGGAAACUUUCUUGUCUAUCGAGAGUUGAAUAAGCCAUUCGCACCAGGAGAGAAAAAGAGAGCCAUGGCUAAAGACAAGAGACAAGGCAUUCGAAAGAGUGGCAAUGGUUCCACCAGUCCUGGAGGCAGCGUUUACUCUUCUAUGCAUGGUCCACUCAACAAAGAGAUGGAACGUGAAUUGGUCGGUUCGCUAGUUGAUUCAUACGACUUCAAGAAGGAUGGCAAUUGUCUCAUCAAGAAGACAAUCACCGUCCAAGUAGGAGAACUCACUCAUCACAUUGUGUCGUACUACACAAUCGAUGAUGUCGUCUCUGGUAAACUUUCAAUCCCACAAAAUGCAUUCCCAGACGUCAAGCCACGCAGGGACAUUAUCUACAGCAAAAGCUACAAGCACUCUCCUAACGACUCUAAUCUCUUGAAUGAAGACGACGUCCAUGAAAAUCACCUCGCCUAUCAACACAACUCGGGACGGGCCAAUUACGACUAUUCGAAUCGAAAUGCGCCACGACUACCCGCACCAUCCGCGCAUGGCAUGCCAUAUCAACCUAACAGUCUCCUCUCCAACAACAACUACACAAUGGGCAUGUCAGCCGCAUCAUACAGUCUCGCGCCAUUCAACGGAAAUUUCCCUGCAGUAAGCUCAGGUCCUAGCUCUUACAACCCCAUUCUUUCUGGGAGCCCGAAUGCUAUCAGUCCUUAUGCCGGAGGACUACCUGCGACAAGUUCGCAUGGCUCUUCUUACGCUCAAUACUCAUCAGCUCCAAGCACGUAUGACACACAAAGGGCUGAUGCAUAUAACAAUGUCUACAGGCAGCAGCGACAUGGUUCCAUCUCUAACAUGAAUGCAACACCGCUUGCUCACCGAUCUUCGAGUUAUGGCCAGCAAGGGCUUAGUUCCGGAGUAUCCGAAAUGGUAUCGGGGAUGCCUGCCAUGAUCCAGGGUCAGAUGAGCUCGAGGAGCUCACACGACUCGGGAGCAUCUGGAAUGUUCCAGGGCCAAAUGGCUUCGAGAAACUUCAACGAAAGUACAUACGCUUCCCCAAAUCUAUAUCAAAGAGAUGCAACCACUCCUUCGCAUGGCUAUUCUCAAGCCCAGCGAACCAUGUCGCAAUCUAACCAACAAUAUAACACACAAGCCGGCAAUCAAUAUCCUCAAAACAUGGAAACCUCGCCGGGAAAUGUCAGCACCGGGCAUGCUCAUUACAGUGUAGACCAUCAAACCUGGCCUUCUUCAAACGGUCUUUGAAAGCUGUUCGUUCAAAUUGGCAGAUAACUUAAUAUGCCAAGUCAGAAUCCCUGUUCUUUUACCAUCAGAACCGAAUCUCCUGUAUCAUCCAGCUCCUACUUUUCCUCCGACGCCAUAAACUUCAUCUUUACGCCACUAUGCUUAUUCCAAUAACGGACGCGAAGCUGGAGUGUGAGCAUAACUUCUUUGUAUAUUUUGACGAUACAUUCAACCUCUUUGGAGGAAAUGUCUCAUGAUGGUUACCAUUUCGCAACCUUUCUGUAUCGAUAGGAUGCUUUUCCUUUGUUUUGGUUAUUUGAAAAUGGCUUAUGAGACAAAGUCUCCUUUUUGGCAGUUGAGAUGCCGGUUGAAAUUUUUUUGUUUUGCUUUUAAUCGUUUAAAUACAUGUAUGUACGUAUGUAUGGGUUACGGGUGACUACCGGCGCCAGGGUAUAUAAGUUCGUGUGUGUGUAUAUGGGUUACGCAUGGUCGCUGGCGCAGGCGUACGUGUACUGCAGAUAUUUAGCAGCAAUAUUCUUGGAAUGAUUGUCGGGGCGGAUACCAUUGUUAUAACAUUACUGAACGAUGAUUCCGAGAGGUGUCAUUGAUUCUUGGUUUUGUAGGCGUUGAAACUAUCCAUUUUACAACUGUACAUUCAACAGUUUAUAGAGGUCAAUCGAGCGAGCAGCUCUUAAAUAGGCUUGAAUUUGUAAUUAAUAUUGAUAUUCUUAAAGAUCUAAGGGAAAAUAGUUUGUGA